AUGGGGGAGGGUGGGGACAGCGUGGGCUCAGCCCUGGCCUUCUCCUUGGUCUGCAUCUCCACCUUCGGCCUGAUCUCCCCCGCCUGGUUCCAAAGUGACCGUUUUUCUUUCGGACUCUUUUCCUCAUGUUCCUGGCCUGAGGGUAAUGACCGCAACCAGACCUGCGUGGCUUACAGGACCCUAGAGGACAUGCCUGACCUGGCCUGGAAGAUCUCGGCCGCUCUGCUUCUUGGAGGCUGGAUCCUGCUGGCUUUGCGGGCCCUGAUCCUCCUAUCCUGGAUGGUCCUCCCCAAGGACUUGUGCCCCAUGAAGAGGCGCAUCCCAACCCACUAUAUACAAGCAGCAUCUGUCAUCGCCAGCUUCCUGGGCCUGUUGCUGUUCCCACUCAAUCUGGCCUCCAAGGUGGCUCAGGACGCCUGUGGUCCUUCCUCCGUGUACAGCAGCGGUCAGUGCCACCUGGGCUGGGGCUACAUCACCUCCAUCUUGGCUCUGGUCCUCACCAGUCUCCUAGCCAUUGUCAAGAGAUUCCAAGGACGCAAGAUCCAGGAGAAGAAGAUUCUUUUCUCUAGCACCCCCGAAAGAAUCGCCUUCAUUUCCAAGACAAAAAAAUAG